AUCCACACAUUCGUCUUCUGGAAGAAGUUUUUCUCCGAGAGGAUAUGGCGGUUUUCACUUCACUACUCGCAGGAGGCCAGGCUUUUCUUCCGCAGCUCUCCACUACCGACAGCCCCGCCGCUCCUCUGUCCAUUUCUCAAUCAAUUUGUGGUCUUCCUCCGAAGAACACUCAUCGUUUUUCUCGCUGUUCAUCUCUCAGGAAGGCUUCUCUUCUCGCCCCCAAAGUCUCUGUUUCAGGUGUGAGUGGCUCUAGUGCUGAUGGGGUUGAUCAGCGGCCUCGGGAUGAAAUCAGGUCAACCAGGGUGGGGUUCUACUACUCUUAUUUAUUGCUUGUUUAUUAAUCCAUGUUUUUUUUGUUUCGAUUAUCGAUGUGCAUGUUUCUGGAUUAUUUUUGUUGUUAAUGUUUUCUCUUAGCCAGUUAGAGCUCAAGAAUUAGGCCGAUAUAAAUAUGAAAUACAGGAUUACUCUGCUGCAUACAUGAUUACUACUUGGCUCAAGAAUUAGCCAAUUAGGGCUCUUGGGAAGGGGUUUUAGGGGGUAGGAUUUGACCAAAAAAGCUGGUAAGCAACCUAUUGUAUAAUAAACAAGAUUAUAUAAAAAGGCUUAUACGAAAAAAUUGGAUUAUAAUAAAAACAAGACUAUUUCAUAUUAACUAUAUUGUGUGUAUGGGAUGAAUCGAAGGUGUAAAGAAAUUCAAUCUGUAUUUAACCUUCUGCUCUGUAAAUAACCUUAGAUGAUAUGGCAGCAGUUUGAGUUCUUUAGCAUCUCUCUGUAUGCUUUCAAAUAUUAUUUUCUUGGCCAUAUCCAAAGUGCUCACUAAUUAAGCAGCUCAUUGUUUGGAUCAUGAAAUGGAAAAAAUUAGAUGUUGGAACAUUAAAUUAUUUCACUAUGCCACUAUUUCUUGCAUUUGAUAUAUUUUGGGGCAUCUAACAAUUUGGUAUCACAAAGAAGUAGAGGUCUGCUGAUUGGAAAGAGGCAACAAUUCACUUUGAAAGAGGGUUGAUUUAUGAAGGCAAGGUGGAAGGAUUUGUUAAAGGUGGUCUACGCAUCCGGUUCAAUUCCCUUGUGGGGUUUCUCCCCUUCUCAGAGUUGAGCCCCUCACAUCAGUGUAAAGAGCCAAACAAAAAUAUCCAAGAGAUCGCAAGCAGCUUGGUUGGUUGCAUCCUCCCUGUGAAGGCAAUCCAAGUUAGUGAAGAGCUGGGGAAGUUGAUAUUUUCUGAAAAGGAAGCAAUGUGGGCAAAGUUUUCUAGUCAAAUAAAAAUAGGUGCUAUUUUUGAAGGAAGAGUGCGCUUUGUUGAGGAUUUUGGUGCUUUAGUUGGCCUAAGAUUUCCUGAUGGGUUCUACCAUCUUGCUGGCUUUGUUCAUGCCUCGGAAGUGUCAUGGGAUACCAUUCAUGAUGCAAGAGAUGUUUUAACAAAGGGUGAUGUAGUGAGGGUCAAAGUUAUUAAGAUAGAUAGUGAAAAAUCAAGGAUUUCCCUUUCCAUUAAACAAUUAGAGGAUGAUCCGUUGCUUGAAACACUAGACAAAGUAAUUCCCCAGGAUUCUUCGCUGUAUCCCAGCACCUUGAGUCCAAAGGAUAGUGUUCAUAUUGAACCGCUUCCCGGGAUUGGAACAAUCAUUGAAGAGCUCAUGCAAGAAGAUGGUAUCCACGAUAUAAAACUUUGCCGUCAAGGGGUUGAGAAACGCGUCGUUUCACAAGGCCUGCAGCUCUGGAUUUCUAAUGAACCACAAGUUGGAGAAAAAUUCACUAUGCUUGCCCGGGCUGGAAGACAGGUGCAAGAAAUACAGCUUACAACGUCCCUAAAUCAAGAGGGUAUCAAAAUGGCGCUGCAGCGGGUGUUGGAGCGCAUACGAUGAUUUGCGAUUAUGCUCCUUGUUGUCAAUGAAUGUAACCUCAUUCUUUUGCGCGCAAUAGCACAAAUGCAUUCUUGUAUCAUCGAUCACACUCAAAGUGUAUGCUUUGAUUGCGACAAAGAAUAGGUAAUGUGGUAAAUGUUGAAUCGAGUCCCGUUUAUGAGUGAAUAAUAUAAUACUUAUUCU